ACUCCUUCCGCUGGAGCGCAGGGGGCGGGGCGAAGACUGGUUGGAGCUGAAACGAGACCUCGGAGAGUUUCGCUGUUUCCUUUCGAGUUCUCCAGAGAUUAGAAACUCACUAAACUAAGAGCGGACACUACAGUAGUUACAUCUUUUUUUUGUAUUUUAUUACAGGAUCGGUUUUCACUUUUUAUUUACUCUUAAUAAACCCGUAUUCAGGUUCGGACCGAAGCCGCCCGGGAAAGUGGAACUUUGAUGACGUGCUGAUGGAGGUGCUCUGACAUUGUUUGAAGAGAUAACUCAAAGUGGGAAAGUCCUCACACAUCUUCUCUCAGAACGCUGCACAGAUGUUCUCACGGGGUCAGCAAAACAUCCCCAUCUCCCCUACUUCCACCGACAGACCAGUCAGAUAUGGAGAGCUCAUCGUUCUGGGGUGUAACAAUUCGCAGCCGUCCAGUGAGAAGGGCAGGAGGAGAAGCCGCUUUGCUCUGUGUCGCAGAGACAAGGCGAAUGGCGUGAAACCCAGCACUGUUCACACGUCCUGCACCCCCCAGGCUGCCAAGGCUAUCAGCAACAAGGAGCAGCACAGCAUUUCAUACACGCUGUCUCGGGCGCAGACGGUGGUGGUGGAGUACACCCAUGACAGCAACACAGACAUGUUUCAGAUUGGCCGCUCCACAGAGAAUCCUAUUGACUUUGUGGUCACAGACACUGUUGCUGACGCGCAGAACCUCUCUGACGGUCAGGCAGUUCAGAGCACAAUUUCCCGCUUUGCCUGCCGCAUCAUCUGCCAAAGGCACCCUCCGUUCUCUGCACGGAUCUACGCUGCUGGCUUCGACUCCUCCAAAAACAUCUUCCUUGGGGAGAAGGCAGCCAAGUGGAGAACGCCUGACGGUCAGAUGGACGGACUGACCACAAACGGUGUUCUGGUCAUGCAUCCUCGGCAAGGUUUCACCCAGGACUCCCGACCCGGGGUGUGGAGGGAAAUCUCUGUCUGCGGUAAAGUCUUCACACUGCGGGAGACCAGAUCUGCUCAGCAGAGAGGCCAGAUGGUGGAUUCUGAGUGUAACAAGCUGGUGGACGGCUCCCUGAUCGAUCUCUGUGGGGCCACCCUCUUGUGGCGCACAGCGGAGGGCCUGGCCCGCACCCCCACGGUCAAGCACCUGGAGGCACUGCGGCAGGAGUUCAACGCCGGGCGGCCACAGUGCCCCGUCGGCUUCAACACCCUGGCCUUCCCCAGCAUGCGGCACAAGGGCGUCUUGGACGAAAAGCAGCCGUGGGUGUACCUGCGCUGUGGGCACGUCCACGGCUACCAUUGCUGGGGAGGGCGCCGGGAGCCCAGGGUGGAAGCGGAGAGCCAGGAGAGGGAGUGUCCCAUGUGUCGAACACAGGGAGCCUACGUGCCGCUGUGGCUGGGCUGCGAGCCGGCCUUCUACGUAGACGCCGAGCCCCCCACUCACGCCUUCGUCCCCUGUGGGCACGUGUGCUCAGAGAAGACGACAGCGUACUGGAGCCAGAUCUCACUGCCGCACGGCACGCAGGCGUUCCACGCCGCCUGCCCGUUCUGCAUCCAUCCUCUGAGUGGAGAGACCGGCUCUGUCAGACUCAUCUUCCAAACCCCGCUGGACUAGACACCACUUGAACUUCUGUUUGAAGAGAGGGGGGUGAAACCAAGACAUUUUUUUUUUUUAAACAGAAAUUCAUUUUAUUAAACACCAAGUGCAUUUACUGGGCGAACGCUUGUCACUUUUUUCCUUUAAUAUCAAAUAAUAUCAAAGUGGAAAUUCCCUUUCAUUCUUUGGGGAGUGGGGGGGGGGUGCAUAAACAGAUUUCUCAGGAGUGAAUGCAUCUGUUUCUCCCCAGAUGGAUGGCAGAUUUCCUUUUUUGAAUUUUUAUUUUUAUAUUGUUUAAAUAUAUAAGGUUCCUCUAAGGGUUUUACUGUGGUGAGGGCAAAUAAAACUCUGAAUCAGGUCCAUCAACCCCAUAAAAAAAAAAAGAUUAAAAUUGAAUGACUCUGUGGUGGGUUUCCUCUCAAGGAGCACCGUCAUAAGAACUCUGGGAAAGUGGUAAUAAUGUAUAUUUUGUCUUUAUUCUUCUAUUUAUUCAUUUACCUCUUCAGUACUGUGUUUUUAAAGCAGUGCAGAGAUGAACUGCAGGGCUACACCAGUGUGACCUUAGAGCUACUCACUAAUAACUCCAAGACUUGAUUUUGUUUUGGGUCCAGUAGAAACCAGGAGUCCCUCUAGAGCCGCAGCGCUGGUCGGGAAGUUCUUUCUCUGACAAAAACACUGGAUUGAAAAACAAGAAAUCUCUGGGAUUACCUUUCUUUUUGUCUUUGUUCUGAAAUUGAGUUACUGCCUUCUGAAAUCUCUCCCGACUGGAGACAACGUGUAUUUUUAACCUUCAUGCAAACACACACACACACAAGUGGGAGACUUUUAAACCCUGGACCUGUGAAAUAAAUAGCAAUAUUUCUAUAUUUUUAAGCAAAGUACUGUUCUUCAGACACUGUAAAGUAACAAGUUCCCAUUAUGUGAACAAUAAAGUUUUACCAAAACAUUGAUAUGCAACAUUUUCUGCAGUGCCACCAUCUGGCUCAGUUUACCACUUUUUGAAUGUAAGAAGUAAUUUUAAAAUAUCCUUGUGAUAAAACAUGUUUAUUUUACCUUUUCAACCCCUCAGAAUCUGUCACACGUUUAAAUUUUGUCUCUGUAUGUCCUUUUUUUUUUUUUUCUAAAGUAGCUGGUGUUCGGCCACCGUUGUUUUCGUUUGUCAUUCUGUCCUUUUGACUCUUACCUGUUUUUGUACUGUCCAUAAUAAUAAAGAUUCUGCUGAUCGUUA